AUGGGCGAGGACGGCAUAAAACUGCUUCAGCAGAGGCUGGCCGAACGAACCCGCGAACAUAAAGCAACGCGAGAAGCAGCCCUAGAGAGCAAAUUUCGUAAGCUGCCUGCUCCAAAGUCAUCCAAGAACGACAAACUGGUGCACAACUUGUCGUCAAAGGAGCUGACGGAGGAACAAAUGCAGGUUUUACGGCAUGAGGCCUCAUUCAACACAGCCGAUGUCAAACCUGCCAACAUGAUCGCAGCAGUGGAAUCAAUCCUCAGCCAGACGGGAGCGACCGACGAAACGAAGAACCUCAUUCGACACCAAGUGUCCUCCCUCCUCAUGGCUCAUAGGCCGCGCGAUGUGCUUUCCAAGGUCGAGCGCGAUGCACUUAAGGAACUCAGGGCCGACAACGACCUCGUUAUCGUGCCUGCGGACAUGGGGCGUUCAACGGUCGUAUUGGACAGGACAGACUACAAUCAAAAAGCCAAAAGCUUGUUGGAGGAUCGUCAGUCCUAUGUCCCAUGCGAAUCCAAUCCCAUGAAAACGCUGACUCGCGAGAUUAACGCGACGCUGUUGGCAAUGGAGAACUCAGGUGCAAUAUCGCCAAUCGACCGACGCAUGGAGAGAGCACAAGAAACGGCCCUAGCCCGAUUCUACGGUCUCCCAAAAGUGCACAAAGAGGGCGCUCCUCUCCGACCUAACGUAUCACUAAAGGGCACUCCAACCUACGGACUGGUAAAGUGGCUGUUCCAACGUCUGAAGUUUCUGACCUCCGAUUCGAACACCACAGUCAGCUCGUCAACGCAAUUCUUGGAGAAACUUAAAGGAGUAAGUCUCCUGCCAAGCGAUAUCAUGGUUUCCUUUGAUGUCACGUCCCUUUUUACUUCUAUCCCGCAGGACCUGGCAGUCGAGACAAUCGAAGUACUCCUACGAGAGAAGUACGACGAAACGGAGAAUCGCCUCGGACACGCCCAAAUCAUCCAGCUCCUGAAAUUCUGCCUCAAGACGUACUUUACAUUCGACGGGGCAAUCUACGAGCAUGUGAAGGGGACGCCAAUGGGUUCGCCGAUUUCGGGACUCAUAGCCGAGGCGGUCCUUCAACGGCUGGAGUCGCUGGUUUUCCGACACCACAGACCGAAAUUCUGGGCUCGGUAUGUGGAUGACACCUUCGUCGUCAUCGAACGGGAUCAGGUGCUGACUUUCAAAGAACAACUCAACGCCGUCUUCCCGGGCAUUCAAUUUACGAUGGAGAAGGAGGAAAACAAUCAGUUGGCCUUCCUGGAUGUCCUCGUCUGCCGCAAAGAUUGUGGUGGCCUAAAAACCAAAGUAUUCAGGAAAGCGACAAAUACGACGCAAAUACUGAACUUCAAUAGCAACCACCCGAUCAGUCACAAACGCAGUUGCGUAAGGGCGCUAUACCGGCGUGUUGAGACGCACUGCAGUGAAAUGGAAGACAAGGUUGCUGAAUUACAAUAUCUUCGACGGGUAAUGAGAGCCAAUGGCUACCUGCCCAACUUUGUCAACCAGUGCAUACGAAAAGGACACCAGAGACCAAAUCCAACUAGCCCCAAAUUUUGGCGGGCUCUUCCGUACGUGAAGAACGUCUCGGAAGCCGUCAGUCGUCUUCUCACUCCACUUGGAGUUGGGGUUGCACACAGGCCGGAAGCAACCAUUAGACGCCAAGUAAUGAGGCCAAAAGACCCGCUGCCACGGCAGGAAACGUCUGGAGUCGUUUACCGGAUCUGGUGUAGUUGCGGACAAAGCAAUUAUGUCGGAGAAACUGGGAGAUUACUCCGUACGCGACUUGCCGAGCACGCAGCAGCAGUGAGGCGGGGAGACGCUAACUCUCAGGUGGCGGCACACUCGACGGGACCCGGCCAUAUUUUCAAAUUGCAAGAGGCCAAAAUCCUCGCAAGGGGUGAAAACCGCGUGAGCCGCCAGCUGCUCGAGUCAUGGUUCUCAGGCCCGUAA